GCCUCACUUUGAACAGAGUUGCGGGAGUCGCGGCUCCGGAACGGGCGUUGGCGGCGGCUGCAACGUUGCCUCGCGACUGGCCCGCGAUGAAGCCCUCCGCGGGCAGCGAGGAGAGUGGAGGAGGCGCGGCAACAGGGGAGUGUGUGAAUAACAUCCCGGUGCCACGACCUCCCUCCAUUGAGGAGUUCACCAUAGUGAAGCCCAUUAGCCGUGGCGCCUUCGGGAAGGUGUAUCUGGGGCAGAAAGGCAGCAGGUUGUACGCGGUGAAGGUUGUCAAAAAAGCAGACAUGAUCAACAAAAAUAUGACUCAUCAAGUCCAAGCAGAGAGGGACGCUCUGGCCCUAAGCAAAAGUCCUUUCAUUGUCCAUUUGUACUAUUCACUGCAGUCAGCAAACAAUGUCUACUUGAUAAUGGAAUAUCUCAUUGGUGGAGAUGUCAAGUCUCUCCUACACAUAUAUGGUUAUUUUGAUGAAGAAAUGGCUGUGAAAUAUAUUUCUGAAGUAGCCUUGGCGCUAGACUAUCUUCAUAGACAUGGAAUCAUCCACAGGGAUUUGAAACCAGACAACAUGCUUAUUUCUAACGAAGGUCAUAUUAAACUAACAGAUUUUGGCCUUUCCAAAGUUACUUUGAAUAGAGAUAUCAAUAUGAUGGAUAUCCUUACAACACCAUCAAUGGCUAAACCUAGACAAGAUUAUUCAAGAACUCCAGGACAAGUAUUAUCUCUCAUCAGCUCUUUGGGAUUUUACACACCAGUUGCAGAAGAAAAUCAAGAUUCUGCAAAUAUUCUUGCAGCCCAUGAAUCUGAAACAUCCCAGCUUUCUCAAGGAUUCACUUGUCCUAUGUCUAUAGAUCAAAAGGACAUCACUCCUUAUUCUAGCAAACUACUAAACUCAUGUCUUGAAACAGUUGCCUCCUACCCCGGGAUGCCAGUGAAGUGUCUAACUUCCCAUCUACUGCAGUCUAGGAAAAGGCUGCCAACAUCCAGUGCCAGUAGUCAGUCCCACACCUUCAUAUCCAGCGUGGAAUCCGAGUGCCACAGCAGUCCCAGAUGGGAAAAGGAUUGCCAGGAAAGUGAUGAUGCAGCGGGCUCUACAGUGAUGAGCUGGAAUGUAAUUGAAAAGCCUUUAUGUACAAAAUCUACAAAUGCCAUCGAGACCAAAAGUUUCCAUACAAAGGAUCUUGAGUUAGCCCUUUCUCCCAUUCAGAAUAGCGGUGGCAUUCCUGCCACUGGAAGCUCUUGUGUAAACCCUGCUGAAAAAUGCUCCUCUGGGGAAGUUUCUUGGGAAGCAAGAGAACUGGAUAGAAACGAUAUUAAUGUGGCCGCUGACACAAGCCAGUCUGGUUUUCAUCAGUCACCCCAGUGGGCUGUGGAUUCUGGUGGGGUGACGGAAGAGCACCUUGGGACAAGAAGUUGUAAAAGAAGUUUCGAGUUAGUUGACUCCAGCCCUUGUCAGGAGAUCAUACAAAAUAAAAAAAAUUGUAUAGAGCAUAAGCAUAGUAAUGAAAUGAGAGAUUGUUACGCGAAUCAGCAGACAGGCUUAACAACUGAAGUCCAGGACCUUAAGCUGUUGGUGUGCGGGGCUCAGCACUGUGCUAAUAAGGAUAACGUGGGCAAUUCUUUUAUUGACAAACAACAAACACCAGAAAAGUCACCUGUCCCAGUGAUAGCAAAAAACCUAAUGUGUGAGCUGGACGACGACUGUGACAAGAGUAGUAAGGAUUACUUGAGUUCUAGUUUUCUAUGUUCUGAUGGUGACAGAACCCCUAAAAGUAUUCAGAUGGACUCUGAUUCGUCCUUUCCUGGAAUUUCUAUAAUGGAAAGCCCAUUAGGAAGGCAGUCCUUAGACCCAGAUAAAAGCAUCAAAGAAUCCUCUUUGGAAGAAUCAAAUAUCGAAGACGCACUCACUGCAUCACCCAGCGGCCAAGAAAGUACCUUGCCGAGAGGUGAGGAGAGUCCUGCCCUCCAAGACAAUGACCAGAAAAUGUUAGCUCCCUCCUCGGAGGUGCUGAAGACAUUAACUGCUAAAAGAAAUGCUGUAGCUUUUCGGAGUUUUAACAGCCAUAUUAACGCAUCCCAUGUCUCAGAACCCUCCAAGAUGAGCAUCUCUUCGUUGGAUGCAAUGGAUGUUUCAUGUGCUUACAGUGAUUCAUGUCCCAUGGCGAUAACCCCUACUCAGAAAGAAAGAGCCUGUAGGCCACAUCAGACCCCAAAUCAGGUCAAGUCAGGAACUCCAUACCGAACUCCAAAGAGCGUGAGAAGAGGGGCAGCCCCAGUGGACGAUGGGCGAAUCCUGGGAACCCCCGACUACCUCGCGCCUGAGCUGCUGUUAGGCAGGGCCCAUGGUCCUGCAGUAGACUGGUGGGCACUUGGAGUUUGCUUGUUUGAGUUUCUGACAGGAAUUCCCCCUUUCAGUGAUGAAACACCACAACAAGUAUUCCAGAAUAUUCUGAAAAGAGAUAUCCCUUGGCCUGAAGGCGAAGAAAAGUUGUCUGGUAAUGCUCAAAGUGCAGUAGAAAUACUCUUAACCAUUGAUGAUACAAAGAGAGCCGGAAUGAAAGAGCUGAAACUUCACCCUCUAUUCAGCGAUGUGGACUGGGAAAACCUACAGCAUCAAAGUAUGCCUUUCAUACCCCAACCAGAUGAUGAAACAGAUACAUCGUAUUUUGAAGCCAGAAAUAAUGCCCAGCACCUGACCAUAUCUGGAUUUAGCCUAUAGCGCACACAUUUUCCCUUUAGUCAGUCUUGCCGUAGAGAGUAAGUAGCAUAAUUGCAUAUGCCUUAAUACCAGAUUGAUCUAAGGGGGGAAAAAAAGGCAUUAUUUUACCUGGAUCAAUGAGCUUCCUGUGCAUGUUACAGCUGCCACAGUGUCAAAAGGCUAUUAUAAUCAGUAAUUUAUGUUAAUCUCAGCAUUGUAUAUAGAUCUUCAAAGCUUUUUUCCCUCUUAUUUAUUUUGUCACUGCACUUUAUUUACAUUCAGUAAACUAGAAUGCCAUUACCACUUGAAGAGUGAGCCUCAGGCCUGGUGUUCUUUCUCAUCUGUUGAUUUCAGUCCACCUUUCAGCUUGGUGUUAAUAUAACAAAAACAUUGUACAGCUUUAUUUUAGUGUAAUUUAUCCACACUUGGUUGCCUGCAAAAGCCGUAUUCUCUUGGGCAAUCCUUUAAAGCUGUACUUGUGACCUCAAAAAUGCUGCUGGAAAAUUCCUUCACUUAGUACUGUAACUCCUUUCAGGAAUGAGGGCUAAACAAAAGGACUAAGGUUUGGGUUUACUUUGCUCUGAAUACAGUUCUGCUGCCUUGACUGCUUCUGGUGCUUUUUCUACAAUACAUGUUUGUUUAAAAUAGUACUUCAAAGCUUAGGUGUGAUACACUGUAGGAAUUUUAACAGCCUAUUCAAUUUUAACAAAAAAACACGAUCAUUUACUUUUAAAUAAUUUGUUUAAAACAUAUGCGGCAUUACCAG